ACUGUCAUCUCGGAUCCCUGCCCAAAAUUUCUUUUUCCGGUCCCUCCAUAAAUUUCGUUUCUCCGAUUAACACCAGAAAGCAAGGCAGUGCUGCUGCAACUUCCAUUAUGCCAUUAGCCAAGUGAAAAAUGAAACAUUAAAAAAAAACAAAAAAAAGGAUAAUCUCGGGCAAAACUAAUUCCAAAAAAGAAAAAAAAUGUCUGAUGGCGAUGGAGGGAAUAAGAAGGCUGCCCUCAUCGGCGUGUCUUCGCUGUUUCUCGUUGCGAUGGUAGUUGCGGUGGCUGUCGGCGUCAACAAAAGCCCCGACGGCGGUUCGGGGGAGAUCACGACCUCCACCAAGUCGGUGAAGGCCAUCUGUCAGCCCACCGAUUACCCAGAAACAUGUGAGAAAACGCUCGAGGCGGCCGCCGUCAAUACGAGCGACCCACGUGAGCUCAUCAAGGUCGGAUUCAACACCGCCGUCGAACAACUCAGAUUUGCCAUCAGCAACAGCUCCACCUUGAAAUCGGCGGCCGCCGACCCUAAGGCCAAGCUGGCACUCGACGACUGCGGCGAGCUGGCCGAUUACGCCAUCGACGAUCUCAAGAAUUCGUUCAACAAAAUCACCGACAAUUUCGACAUGGACAAAAUUGACGAUUACAUGGAGGAUCUGAAGGUGUGGCUGAGUGCUGCGCUGACGUAUCAGGGGAUUUGCCUGGAUGGAUUCGAGAACGUGACGGGUGACACUAGGGAGAAGAUGAAGGGUGUACUCAAAAUGUCGCAGGAAUUGACCACCAAUGGGCUCACCAUGGUGGAUGAAGUCUCAUCCAUCAUGACCUCGUUUGGGCUUCCGGCGAUCGGGCGACGACUGAUGACGACAAAGGAAUCCAAUGCCAAUGCAGAGGAAACAGAGUCGGAGCCGUCGUGGGUGAGUCAGAGGAGGGCGCUGCUCCAAGCGAGUCCAGGAAACAUCAAGGCAGACGUGGUGGUGGCUCAGGACGGAAGCGGGAAGUACAAGACAAUUAACCAAGCUCUGAAGGACAUCCCAACGGCAAAAGACAACCCCACUAACAAAACUUUUGUAAUUCACAUUAAGGCUGGAAUUUACAAGGAGCAAGUGCUUAUUGACAAACACAUGACCUGGGUCAUGAUGGUCGGCGACGGCCCCACCAAGACCAAGAUCACAGGCAGCUUGAACUUCAUCGACGGCAUCACCACAUUCAAAACCGCUACAGUUGCUGUGAUUGGGACGAACUUCAUCGGCAAAGACUUGGGGUUCGAGAAUUCAGCAGGAGCAGCGAAGCACCAGGCUGUGGCGCUUCGAGUUCAAUCCGACAUGUCCAUCUUCUACAACUGUCAAAUGGAUGGUUAUCAAGACACCCUGUACACGCACGCUUCACGGCAAUUCUACCGGGACUGCACCAUCACCGGCACCAUCGACUUCAUCUUCGGCAACGCUGCAGCGAUCUUCCAGAACUGCAAGAUCUUGGUGAGGAAGCCAAUGGAGAACCAGCAAUGCAUUGUGACGGCCCAGGGGAGGACUCAAAGGCGGGAGCCGACCGCAAUCAUCCUCCAGAACUGCGUGAUCGCGUCGGACCCGGCAUACUUCCCGGUCCGAAUGGUGAACAAGGCCUACCUGGGGCGGCCUUGGAAGGAGUACUCGAGAACCAUCAUCAUGCAGUCCCAAAUCGACGACUUGAUCCAGCCGGAGGGGUGGCUCCCAUGGCAGGGGAACUUCGCUUUGAAAACUCUGUUUUAUGCAGAGUUCAACAACAGAGGGCCCGGAGCAGCCAAGGACAAGCGCGUCAAAUGGCGAGGCAUCAAGCAAAUUACGCCGGAGCACGCCGUGGAUUUCACCGUUGGGAGGUUUCUUCGUGGGGAUCCAUGGAUCAAGCGCACCGGAAUACCAUAUACUUCCGGCAUGAUGGCAGUGUAGACAGGGAGGAACAAUGUAACUUAAUUACAUUACAGAAUACAGAGUUAACUAACUAUAUAUAUAUUUAUCCAUAGACAACAAGUGGAGUGGAGCUCCUUUGGGUAGGAGAUUUAAAUUUUUUUCCACGCAUUUAAUUUUAUUCAAUGCCAAAACUUUUACUUUCUUUAUUAUUUUUUUUAUUUUUAGGAAUACCCUAUUCAAUCUUUUGAAGCUUGUGUUCUUAAGAUGUUGAAUAAAAAUAACAAA